AUGGACACUUACUGCGAGAGCACACACUCGAGCCUCACCUCUGCUGCCUCGAGCUCCCCCUACCAGACUCCGUCACCACGCACCAGCAUGUCUUUCGAAGAGCGCCAGGCCCAGAUUGCAUAUCCCACCGACGCGUCCACCAAGAUCCUCUAUGCUGAGCCUCAGCCUAUCUACCACUCCCCGGGCUAUAUCAGCGAGGAGAACCAGUGGUCGAGCCCCGCCAUAUCUGACGCUCAGUGCGCGCCCGCAUACUUGCCUGAAAUCUACGGCCACUCUAAGCUCCCUUCCCUGGUCGAUUCUCGACGCUCCGAAGGUAUUCCCCGCGGCCUGAUGCAACAGAGUGAAUGGAGCGAUGUUGGUCCAUUCAACUUGCCCCCGUACUCACAGCAGCCGCCCGCAUACGUCCAGUCCCAACAGCAGAUGUACGGAUCUACGCUCGUUGGCGUUUCCGAUUUGGCCGCAGAGACUCGGGGGCGCUUCGCCUACUCUGACGGUCUGAUCUACAACGAGUCGCUACCGCCUUCAAUCACCCCUCGUCUCGACGACGUCUAUCCCGAUCCGGCGUCGGUCUUGAGCGCGCCCAUCAAGACCGAGCCGACUUCGUCCGUGGUUGUCCCGACCCAGUCACCUUACUACUCUCGGCCCCCCUCCGUGGCAUCAUCGCUCUCGUCUGGCCCUGUCCCCCCACACCACAUUGUGCACGUCGUGUUCACCGACGACGCGGCUUCCAAGGAAACUCAGUACUUGCGCCGCAGGUGUCACAAUUGCCAACAGGUUGAGCCCCCAGCUGGCGACGCUCUCACUUGGUCCCCGGAAAGAUCGUAUGCAACCGAUGCGGACUCUACGAACGAACCCACCUCCGACCUCGACCCCAUCGCUUCGAUGAGGCAGCCCCCAGCCCCAGCCGUCACCCAGUUCACCGUCAAGCAAGAGGCCGUCUCUGGUGACCUUGAGCUCGACUCGCGACGAGGCUCAGUAGCGUCCUCGCUUUCAGGCAGCGCGAGCAGUCCUGGAGAGUGGGAAGACUCCAACUAUAACACAUCCCUCGUUGCAGGCAAUGUGUCGAGACUCUCGCCAUCCCAGCAGCAUUCGCCCGGCCAUGAGGGUGGGGUGCAGCGUGGAGCGGCCCAUUUCAUGGACUCGACUCUCGCAGCACGCUUCAGGGCGGGCCGCAAGUCUGCUACUGCGCCGUAUGACGCCUUUUCGGCUACUCGCAUGGGCCCCCCAACUCCCCCGCUUGUCCCCACGGACGGACCCAGUCUACUUGACGCGGGUGCCGAGGGCGCGUAUCUGACCUCGACGCCUCCUUUGCGCCGCCAUACGCUUGGUUCGGACGUAGCAGAGCAAAUUUCGGGCUGGUCGACCAUCCCCGCUGACUUCUCUUCCAACGUACUGCAAAACUCUCAACCGUCCGUUGUCAGCAAUAUCGCAUACUAA